CUUUGGGCUGUUGAUAUAUUAAUGGAUAGAGAACUGAGAGUGACAAGACCAGUCGAUGUCAUACGACAGGUGAAUCGAGAGGAAUGUGCACGUAGAUGUUUGGAAGAAAGAAGAUUCCGCUGCAGGUCGUCAAAUUAUUACAGUUUUCGCAGAGAAUGUACACUUUCUACCGAAGAUAAAAAUUCACCAGUUGCAGAACUGCAUUUCUCUGCUGGAGUAGAUUAUAUAGAAAAUCAAUGCAUUUCUGAAACGUCAAAUUGUCCAUAUCAGUCACCAGAAAUAGGGAUUUACAUGUGGUAUGUAGAUCGUACUCUUCAUGGCAUCGUCACUUCACAGCAAUGCGAAGAAGAAUGUGAUAGAGAAAGAGCAUUCAACUGUCGAUCUUAUAGCCACGUUGAUGGAACUGGCGAAUUUAAAUGCUUAUUAAGUUCUGAUAAUAAAGAAAGUUUACCGAAUACCGCAUUUGAAUUACGCCACAAAUCCUUAUUUGCUCAAAAGGAUUGUAAAAACCAAAUUACAAGAUCCGUUCCACGUGAGACACCUAUCCUAACUCCUCCAGUAGUACCUCCUACUCAAAGACCAGGUGUAUGUACUUUCGAUAGAUAUACUUACGAGAAAAUAGUGGGUUACGAUCCUCGUCUUUUAAGAAAGCACAGAAUACCCAUUAUCGAUAGUGUAGGCAUUUUGGGGCAAUGCCAACACGAAUGUCAACGAAUGGGAGACAGAUGCAAAGGAUUUGUAAUUCUUUACACGCCUGUGCAGAUUUGUUAUUGGUUGGAAGUUGCUGCAUCAGAAAUUACAAAUGCUCUCAUGCCGUCUCCUCUUGCUGCUUACUAUGAGAAAGUUUGUUUAAGAGAUAUGGGUUGUGGAAAGUAUUGGACGUUUGAAAGAGUUAUAGGGCACCAAAUGAAAGGAACAGCGCUCAUGGAUAUACCAAGUAUACCAGAAAGAACUGACUGUGAAGAUUUAUGCAUCAGAGACAAGAACUGUUUGUCUGCUAAUUACUUUUAUAAAUUAAAGUUAUGUCGACUUUUUUCUGAAAGUCGGAGGAGCCAGCCUUCUGCUGUUGUGAAAAGUGAAGAUGUAGAUUAUCUUGAAAAUCAAUGCAUAAAAGAGCCUCCCACGUGCCAAUAUAAAGAUUAUCCAGAUCGUUUCUUUCCUUACAUCGAUAGACUUUCUAGAGCUCACGACAUACACGACUGUCAGAAACAAUGUGAUCUAGAAAGACGAUUUCGGUGCCGUUCUAUAAAUUACGAAACUAUGACUAGGCAUUGUGCCUUAUCUAGCGAAGAUUUGGCAACGGUGGGCGAUAGCAGAGAUCUUCUACAGUUUCGAAGACAGUCGAUAUUUAGCGAAAAGGGAAACUGUGAACAAG